CGCCCUUGGGACGCGCCUGGCGGGGCAUGGCGUCCGUGCGCGGUAGGCGGACGCCGUCGGCCUGUGUUGGGUCUCGGGCCUGGGCCGGGGGAUCGGCGGCGCACCUGGGCCGAGGGCCGGGGCGGGCGGGGCCGCUCGCUGCCUCUCGCGCGGAGCGGCGGCAGCAGGCCCCGGCGAGGCCCGCGGGGAGAGGAGGCUCAGCCCCGCGGGAGGCACGAUCUGUUGGGCCCCGGCCCGCGCUCAACCGGCGCGAUGCUCUUCUCACUCCGGGAGCUGGUGCAGUGGCUGGGCUUCGCUACCUUCGAAAUAUUCGUACACCUGCUGGCCCUGUUGGUGUUCUCCGUGCUGCUUGCACUGCGUGUGGACGGCCUGGUCCCGGGCCUCUCCUGGUGGAACGUGUUCGUGCCCUUCUUUGCAGCUGACGGGCUCAGCACCUACUUCACCACGAUCGUGUCCGUGCGCCUCUUCCAGGAUGGAGAGAAAAGGCUGGCGGUGCUCCGCCUCUUCUGGGUCCUCACGGUCCUUAGCCUUAAGUUCGUCUUCGAGAUGCUGUUGUGCCAGAAACUGGUGGAGCAGACUCGGGAGCUCUGGUUCGGCCUGAUCACGUCUCCGGUCUUCAUUCUCCUGCAGUUGCUCAUGAUCCGCGCCUGUCGCGUCAACUAGCCUCUCCAAGGUGCCACAGAGAGAGAGUUGGACAGCUAGCGUGCUGGACCUCUCGCUGAGGCCCUACUUGCACUGCACCAGCAAAGAGGUCUUGAUCUGAAGGCAAUGCCUGCUUAUGCCCAGCUGAGUGCCCAGUUUCCUCUAUACUAAUCAUGUCUGAAAUUGUUUCCUCAGCAUGGCUAAAAAGAACCGCCUUAAUCCUCAAAACAUAUUUCCUGUUAUUUCAUGCUUUGAGUAGGCAAUCCUGAAUUGAGAUCCUGAGAAGGGCUCCCGGCCAGACAUUUCUGAACUCCUCUGACAUUUGGAAGCUGAAUAUGAGUAAAAUGUCCUGAUGGGCUUUGAGUAUUUUCGAUGGAUCUUGGGAAAGUACUCCCGUACAAAGGCUGCAAAUCUGGGCUUUUGAGGAUUUCCUCCAGCCCGCAGGGCUAACCUGAGAACUCACUGCUCCAUCCAUCCAGACCAGACUUGGUUAGUCAUCUUUGUUAGAUCUCAAAAGUGUAAAUGAGUUUGUAUCUGCUCCCCUGUGCUGUGGGAGAGAAUGGCCCAUGCUUCAUUUCAACCCAGUUAGAGAGAGAAGAAUGUUGAAUAAGAGCACCAUUAGGGCCCUAUCUGUCUGUCACCUGAGAAAAGAACUCAGCUGUCCAGAUGCGGCUUGGCUUCCUGUCUGAGCAAAGACUGCAACUUCACAGACUUUUUCACCACCUUGUUGCUGGCACUGUGAGCACACCUGAGACAGAUUUAGGUUUUCCUAAGGUGCUGAUGCUCAUGGCAUUGACGUCUACAAAUGGGAAGUUUGUGAGUGGCCCAGCUUUGUUGGCCUGAGGUCUGUGGUUUGAUGCCAGUCAGGUGCCAAAUGAGAACAUUUGCUGAGAUGAAAAUAAAAAUAAGAGAAUGUUUUCCUGAAAUGAACAGUGGUCACCUGUACCUCUCAAAGGUUAAAUAGUAUGAAUGCAUAGAUGGUCCUUACUGUAUGGUGUAACUGGUUGCAGAGUUGAGGUUGUAGGUGGACUGGAAGGUGUGGCCAGAGCUUAGUGGGUGGUAGUGGUGGAACCACUUCUGGAAAAUCCCUGCUUCCUGCUUUAGGUGGCAGGUAGCUUGCUUCCCUCCCCCCCACGCCUCCCAGUGUGAAGACAACAGUCUGGGCUCACGUUGAGGACCUGAAGAAUAGUUAGA